CCACAAUCGCGGUAGUCAAGUUGAACUUCUGUCCCCUACUUCUAAAACCAAAGCCUCGUCCACAUCCCAUGCAUAUAUUAAAAAAUAGCAUUAAUAAAGAAAUAAUCGUCCUUUUAACAAGAAAAGACAACCAAAACAUCCAACCAAAAAAACAAAAAAGAAAAAAAGAAACCGAAGAUUCGCAAUAUAGACUUCUGUCCUUCAACCUGAACCAUCUCUUCCUACUUUCUGGUUCACUGACAAUUUCUCUUUUUUCCAUUUAGUGUUUCCCCUUUCUUCACUCACCCGGUUACUCGUUUCACUCGCACUUAGGCAUUGAAUCGAGCAGAUGGAGUGCACUAAAAUAAACAGAUUCGUAAUGUGAGUGGCGUUGAUGAACAAAAUGGCUGGUGCAGAAGAAGAGUUAGAGAGGAGGAGUAAAUUUUUAAACAGUUUGAUACAUAAGAAGAAAUCCAUUGAACAAGAACAACAUGAUGAGCUCUUGAAUGUGCGCGUCAGAGCCUCUGACAUGCCCAUUGCUCUGCAAAAUAGAGCUUUUCUGUGUGCCAGAGAUCACAUUGACUCCAUGCCCAGUAAGAGACUGGAUAGCAAACGCCUUGCUCUUGCUCUCAAGAAGGAUUUUGAUUCAGCAUAUGGGCCUGCAUGGCAUUGUAUCGUGGGCACAAGCUUCGGCUCAUAUGUCACUCAUUCUCUAGGAGGUUUCUUGUAUUUUUCUGUCGACAAGGUUUAUGUCCUCCUCUUCAGAACAGCAGUUGAGCCUUUACAGCAUUGAUCAAGUUUUCUAAUUAAUGUCAAUUGUUGCCCUUCAACCUUAAGGAUGUGAUCCUGCAUUGUGUGUUAUGUUGUAAAAGUAAAGAUGUCUAUGUAUCCAAAUUCUACCACACAGCUCUCCUCCAAAGAAUGAAAGAUGUAGGAAAUUCUGUAUACUGUUAAAAUGCUUAUGAUCUUGCUUUCCCUA